GAAAAAGAGGCCACAAUUAGCCGUAAGGAGGAGAUCAGACGAAGCACUUUGGAAGAGAUAGAUCGACGUAAAAAGGAAAUGCUGAGCCGUAGACAGGAAGAGAUUCAAUUUGAGGCGAAGAAGUUACUAGAACAGGAGGCUCUUGAUGUCGUUCUUGACUCACGUCGUAAUCCAUGGAUUAAAAGUGUAGAAGCUAAUCGCAAACGACAGGAGUUAGCGGCUCUAAAACUGAUAGAAAUGCGCAAUGCUGAGGAGGAUAGUCUCUUAAAACGAGCUGCCAAGGCCUCUACUGAAAUUAGAAUAGGUCGGGCAAUCUUGGAGUCAGCUCAAGAAGCCGAUCAGGAGUUCAUUGAUCUUGGGCAACGUGCUAAGCAGCAAUGUGACUAUCGUAGCGAUCUUGACUGUGUUCUUGGAUUAAAGAAAAAUGCAAUUAAGGAAGAAAGGGAUCGUGAAAAGGAGUUGGAUCGAAUGUACCUGGAGGCGUGUAAACAGGAAGAGGCGAAAUUGAGGAAAGAGAAUGACUUUCAAAGAGCUGUUGGUCUUGAAUUCGGCCAAUACUUAAGGGUGGGUGGAUUUUAA